CCUCCAAUCACAGACGAGGUCACGAUUCAACGCGCGGAACCAAAACAUGUAAACAGAGAUGUUACUCUUUUCUGGGAUUUACUUACCGUUUUCAUUUCUACCUCCGCGCUUUACAUUUAUCUCGCUGCUUGCAAUGGCAUUGUGAGUCAAGCGGCUGCUCGACAGAGGAACUGAAGAGGAAGAGGCGGCUGCACAAUCCUAAAAUCGCUGAGUCCGUCCGCUACACAACUCUGAGGAAACUAUUAAGCUCGCCAUAUAAUGAGACGGUCACCUCAUUUUAGUGGGAGCACUGUCCAUAAACCCGGAAUUGCGCGAUGAAGGCCUGGAUAAAAAUGACUUUGUUGAAAUUUCCGGUACAGCCAGGCAGAGCUAUAGCAAGUGUGUCUGCAGCUCAUGAGACCUCAGCCCGGAGUCGCCAGAGGAGGAAGAGGCUCUUGAAGGCGAGGCAAAGUGUACUGGCUGCGGACGAAGCGGGUUUCUGGAGGGGAAUCACCGCUGACAUGAUGUCAGAUGAAGAAGACGGUGCCGUUGAUGGAGUCUCGUGGUGGAUUGUGAGACCUCCAUCAUUCCGCAGCCAGGAGUUCAGCAAUCUGAGUGCUAAGAUGCAGACGAGACUAGAAGCCAGUCCAAAGUGUGCAGCACUGCAUCACCGGCAUCUGUGAACUGGGCUUCCGUCUAACAGAACACCACCGCAUACCUACGACCCCGAGGCAGCAAAGACAUUUGACAUUUGAAGAUAAUCUCUGGCUCCUUUUUGUGUGUUUAUUUUUCCUAUGCCUAUUUAAUAAAACUCUUACAUUUUAGCAACAUGUCUCUCCCAAAGGUCUG